AUGAAAGCAAACAAAUUAGUUUUUGCUCUUCUUCUCACGCUUGCCUUGUUUUCCAUCUACACACAACAAGUAGAAGGACUUAAAUUAAAGCAAGCUGUCAAGAAGAUUAAAAAUGUCGCAAAAACUGUCAAGUCACUUGUCAAUAGUGACAAGGAAAUGGAAAUUGUGAAUAGAAGAUUGAAAACUAUUUGUCCAAGAGAUAUUGAAUGGGCAGGAUUUUUCUCUCAAGAUGUUUAUCAUAACAAAAUUUCACAAGUUCCAAUUGUCAAAUGUUCAUCCCUGCCAAAUGCCAAAGAUUACAAAGUUGUCAAGUUUCAUCGUUCAUCACAAACUUCUUUCAAAAUUUAUUAUAAUGCAUUGACUAGAACUGUUGUAAUUUCAUUCAGAGGAGUUGAACCAAAGAAUGUUAAAAAUUGGGCUGAUUCGUUUAAUUUCAAGUUGACUGAUUUUAAUGGAAAUGGAAAGGUUCAUAGAGGUUUCUUGCAACAUUAUAAGAAAUUGAAGGAAACUUUGGUUGCUGCUUUAAAGAAGGUUUUUAGUAGUGAAAAUCAAGUUGACACUGUCAUGUUUACUGGACAUUCAAAGGGAGCUGCUGUUACUAGUAUUGCUGCUUUGGACUUUGUUUCAUCAAAAUACGUUGAUUAUAAGAAUGCCAAGAUUAAAUUAAUUACUUUUGGUCAACCUAGAACUGGCGAUGCCAAAUUUGUUUCAACUAUUAAUGCUGCCAUUCCAGAAUUUGCCAGAGUUGUGGAUUUCUACAAGUCAAAGAAGAAUAAGGUCAGAUAUGAUCUUGUUGCACUUGUUCCACCAAGAGCUAUGAAAUUUUCUCAUGCAGGUGUUGAUAUUAGAAUUAAAUGUCAAAAGAAAAAUCGUGUCAAGUGCCACGAAAUUAAACAAUAUAACAAGUCUAUUCAAAUGCUUUAA